AAAAACGUCAGUGUGCGCCGAGUCGAGCCAUGAGGCGAUUGCGUGUUCGCGUGCGUGUGAAACUAGCUUAAAUGCUAUAAUUAACCAGUGUACAUUAAAAACAAAGAAACUAUACACAGCCAUAAAAAUAAAGUACCUACCUACAACAUGAUUAUAAGGAUUGGGAUAGUCGUUUUUUGUGUAAGCAUCACCAUAGCAGCGAAUACUCCGGUCAACACCACGCCGGCUUUAAUGCUCUCCCCGCUUAUCAAACAAAAUCGCCUCCAGGAAGCAAGAAACGAAUCCUUAGUCAAUAGCACACUCUUCCUUAACAUCACGAGCCAUGCCGGAUUCCUUACGGUUGACUCCUCGUAUAAUUCCAACAUGUUCUUUUGGUACUUCCCCGUGGCCGGGAAACCUGUUAAUGAGACGCCUUGGAUAAUUUGGUUACAAGGAGGACCUGGCGCCAGCAGCUUGGCUGGGCUGUUCGAUGAAAUAGGCCCGUUUGAGUAUGAUGGUGCGCAGUUGAAACGACGCAAGUGGUCAUGGGGCAACAACUACUCGCUGCUGUUCGUGGACAACCCGGUGGGUGCUGGAUUCAGUUUCACCGACAAGCAAGACGGAUUAGUGAAGGACAUGGAAACGUGCUCCAAGAAUCUCUACAAUGCACUUCAACAGUUCCUCACGAUCUUCCCUGAGCUAAGAACAGCACCGCUUUACAUAGCUGGGGAGUCUUACGCCGGUCGCUACGUGCCGGCCUUUGGGUACAAGAUCUUGGAGGAGCAGCCUACGGGCAACGCGUCUAUUAAUUUGAAGGGUCUCACGAUGGGCAACCCAAUCAUCGAUCGCAUUGACGCCGCGAACAUCUCGUCGGUAUACUACCACUGGGGUCUACUGGACACACAAGGCUUGCUGGCUGUCAAACCACUACAGGAUAAAUACAGCCAGGCCGUGGAACAGAACAACCUGCAAGAAGCUUGGAAUCUCCGCGAUCAACUCAACCUGUUGUUGAAAGAUAUCUCCCAGCAACCCAACCACUACAACCUGCUGAACGAAUCUGGCAACCUGCGUACUUUCACCGACUUUAUAGAUCAGCCUCACAUAAAGGAGGCCCUUCAUGUCGGUGCCAUACAGUUCACGUUUAACAAUGGAUCUGUGGACGAUGCUCUGAUGAAGGAUUUCCUUGGACCUAUUAGACCGAAGCUGGAAAAACUGCUAGAACAUUAUAAAAUUAUGGUUUACUGCGGUCAACUGGACCUGACUGCGCCGUGCGAGCUGUCCGCGAACUCUCGGCGCAAGCGCUGGCACUGGAGUCAUCGAGACGACUUCCUCAAGGCUCCGCGACGGCCCUGGACGCUAAAUGGAACGUUGGCUGGCUACGUAAAAGAGGGCGGCGGUUUAACCGAGGUUCUGGUCCUCGGAGUAGGACACCUGGUUACAGUUGCCGCUCCUGCAGCUGCGCACGCGCUGCUCCAACACUUCAUCCAAGACGACGACUUACCCAUACCUUCCGAAUUCGCAGAUAAACCGGAAUAUACGCCGUCGUAUGUCGAUAAUCAACCUACAAAUCAGACGACACCAAGAAACAACGCGCUUAUAGCGUCAGUAGUGCUAAAUGUGCUCCUUAUAGUCUGCCUUAUUAGUGGUGUUGUCGUAUAUAUGAGAUUCAAAAGAAGAAGUGAGGCAUUCUUCUACAGCACCGUGGAGGACUCUAUAUCUGAUGGUAUUUUAACCAUGACCUGCGCAGCAUCAUGCUCGGAACGGUUCUCCCUACCCGAGCUGCCUCCUGGCGAGGCACCGGAUCGCAUCCUCAAGUUCAUGGAGGACACGUAUAAGACCGGCCGAGGCAAGUCCGCGUCCGAGGCAGGGGAGCCCCUACUCCUCACCCCGCUCAUUGAGCAGAACAAGCUGGAGGAGGCUAGAGAGGCGGCGAAGGUUGACUCCGAUUACAUACUGCCUGAUAUGGACAGCUAUGCUGGGUAUUUGACGGUGAACAAAGAGUACAACGCGAACAUCUGGUUCUGGUACUUUCCGGUGACCGGCAAGAAGGUGGAGGACACUCCGUGGAUCAUCUGGCUGCAGGGCGGUCCUGGUGUGUCCUCGCUGUACGGGUUGUUCACCGAAAUCGGGCCGUUUGUCGUCAAUGAAGACGGCAAUUUGGAAGAACUAAAGUAUUCUUGGGGCAAGAACCACUCGCUGCUGUUUAUCGACAACCCCGUCGGUACAGGCUUCAGUUUUACCUCUGAUGAUCGAGGAUAUGCCACCAAUCAAACCACGAUCGGCGAGAACUUGUACACAGCACUGCAGCAGUUCCUGACAUUGUUCCCCGAGUUGAGGAAGGCGCCACUGACGAUCGCCGGCGAGUCGUACGCUGGCAAGCACAUCCCGUCCAUAGGUAUUCAGAUCUUGUGGAACAGGGAGAGGGACCAAGACCAGCCGAUCAAUCUGCAGGGCCUAGCCAUCGGCAACGGUUUUAUCGACCCCCUGUCCCUGCAACGAUACAGUUACUUCGUGCGCGAGGUCGGCCUGGUGGACGAUAACGUCGCCGACUCCAUGCGACAUCUGGAGCUGGCCGUCACGCAGUUCAUCAACAACGGGGAGAUGGUUAAAGCGUAUGCGUACUACAACUACCUCCUUACUACAUUUCUUCGCGAAUCCCAACUGGACAAUCUCUAUAACUUCCUCCAAACCGACAUCGGUCUCGGCGGUCCGCACAUCGAAUACCUCGAGCGCAACGAAGUGCGCCGCGCUCUGCACGUGGGCAACACCAACUUCACGUCGGUCGGCGUUGUGUACAGGAAGCUGGUGCCGGACUUCAUGAACAGCGCUAGGACGUGGCUUGAGGAGCUGCUGGAGAACUACAGGGUCAUGCUUUAUAAUGGGCAUCUCGACAUCAUAGUGGCGUACCACCCGUCGGUGAACACGUACAACUCCCUCAACUUCUCCGGUACGAAAACCUACAAGACAGCAAAGCGCAACCCUUGGUACCACGACGACAAACUCGCUGGAUACGUAAAAACCGCCGGAAACCUGACUGAAGUGAUGAUCCUAGGGGCAGGACACAUGGUGCCCGCUGACAAGCCGGCGCCAGCGCUUGGUCUGAUCUCGGCCUUCGCCCGCGGCCUGUCUUUGGACGAUGACACGGGGAACCUCGUCAACAUAGAUAGGAAGUCUUUGCGGACCCGCCAACUCCCAGCGCAAUAGUCAUAUCGAGUCAUAUCUUUUGUAAAAGUGUUAAUAAAU